CCGGGAUGAAGUUGAAGGGACAGCACGACCCCAGUUUGGAAAUCGUCUCCUAACAGAUUCCAAAAAUGUGUUUGAACAUAAUGCAUGAUGAGUGCCCUGUUAAGAAAUCUGUUUAGAAAGACUAGACUUCAUUUAUCUUUGAGAAUACAGAUACGCUCCAAGUCUGGUUCUGCCCAUAUAUUCAACAAUACUUCUGUUUACUGUAAAGAUUCCAGCAAAAAUAGACCUCCUUAUGGAGCAAGACCCCUGGUCGACCCUGAUAAUGUCUUUCACUUCAACAACUGGGACAAUGUUGUGUGGGAUGAAGAACAGGAAACAGAUGCGAGGAGAGUUACUUCACAGCAACUGAAAGACCAGCUGUCGGAAGAAGAUCAAGUUGAGUAUGAUGUCAAUGCUGGCGAUUACUGGAACAAGUUCUACAACCAACACAACAACAGGUUCUUCAAAGACAGGCACUGGCUCUUCACAGAAUUCCCCGAACUGGCACCAGAGGGAGCCCUCGUCUCUCCUGAAGGAUCAAAUGACUCUCAGAUGAGUAAUAACAGUUGCAAUAAAGACAGUUUAGAAAGUAAUAAUCUACUUGAGCAAGCACCUUAUGCUGCUGUUGGAGGCAGUGAUAUCCCAGGAGGUGUGACAAAGUGUUACUCUGAAGGUCAGAGCAAGGACAAGUGUGACUCUGUCAGUGACAUUCCUCAACAAGAGCCAAAAGUUACUGUAGAUGACCAAAAUAGUUCUAACACUUGUGAUAGCGAGUCAAGUUUUCCUGGACAAGAUGCAAAGUUUCGAAUAUUUGAGGUUGGGUGUGGUGUGGGAAACACUGUGUUCCCUGUCCUUCGUACAAACAAUGACCCUAACCUGAUGAUUUACUGUUGUGAUUUCUCCUCUACUGCUAUACAACUUGUGAAGGAACACCCGGAGUACAUCCCGAGGAGGUGCCACGCCUUCGUUAGUGACAUCACAGACAGUUCCACUCCCUUACCCUUUCCUGAGGGAAGUCUAGACCUUAUCAUCCUCAUCUUUGUUCUGUCGGCUGUCCAUCCAGACAGAAUGCAAGAUGUCGUAGAUAGGUUAGCCAAACAUCUUAAGCCUGGAGGGACCAUCAUGUUUCGUGAUUACGGCCGCUAUGAUUUGGCACAGCUACGGUUCAAAAAAGGUAGAUGUCUGUCAGAAAACUUCUAUGUCAGAGGAGAUGGAACAAGAGUGUAUUUCUUCACACAAGAUGAAUUAAAAGACAUGUUUACUAAAGCUGGAUUAAAAGAAAAACAGAACUACGUUGACAGACGACUCCAGGUAAAUAGAGGGAAACAACUGAAGAUGUACAGAGUGUGGAUUCAGUGUAAAUACACAAAACCUGAUCAUGACCUGCACGCCGGUGAGGAGGUCACGGGUGAUGGAAGGGAGAUAAUUCAAGAUAUAAAACGUGAUUCCAAUAAAUCUGACACCACAGAAACAGAGCCGGCUUCUGGCGCUGAGGCACAGUCACCUCACUUACUUAGUGAAUCCCCUUCAUGACAACAGAGACAGUUAACUGAUGAAUGGUGCGACUAAUAGUCAUCAGCAUGUAAUGGAAUACAUGGAAUGGACAUUUUCAGGUGGAUUUUGCUACCAUUUGACAUUUAAACUAAUCAAUUCAGCACUGUGAAUGUGGAUAAGUGUAGUGUAUGUGAUCUGAAAUGAUGUUGUUUGAUAUGUCUACAAUUUACAUGCAUAUUUUAUUUCAAUAAAGACAAGCAGAUGCCAACCCA